UAUUUAUGCGACACAAACAUGUGUGCAUAGAACUCAACAUCUACUACCAAAUUAAUCAUCAAAUAAUGGCUCAUAAUUCAACAAAACACGUAGCAGUUCUUGCAUUUCCAUUCGCAACUCAUGCACAUCUUCUUUUCAAACUCGUAAAUGAGGUAUCAAAAGCAUCUCCUCAUGCUACAUUUUCAUUCUUCAGCACUGCUCAAUCCAAUUCCGCAAUUUUUAAAGACUCUCAAGCCUCGGACUCUAUAAAACCCUGUAAUAUUGAAGACGGAAUUUCGAAAGACUUUGUUUUUUCAGGAAGCCCUAUUGAGGCUGUAGAAAGGUUCUUGCAGAAAACCCCACAGAAUUUUGAGAGCUCAAUGGAAAAAGCUGUGAAAGAGAGUGGGAAGGCAUUCAGUUGUCUGAUUACAGAUGCUUUUCUUUGGUUUGGUGCUGAUAUGGCUCGAGAUUUGCAGAUUCCUUGGGUUGCAGUCUGGACUUCUGGUCCUCGUUCCGUUUUCAUCCACCUACAAACUGAACUUAUUAGAGAAAAAUUGGGAAUUCAUGGAAAUUUCCAAUUAGACAAAAAGUUGGACUUCCUUCCAGGAUUUGAAAGCUUACCUGCAACUCACAUUCCUGAAGAUGUAAUAGCAAAAGACCUUACCACACCCUUUGCAUCAAUGUUACACAAAAUGGGACUAAAUCUACCGAAAGCAACUGCGGUUUGCAUUAACUCAUUCGAAGAAAUCGAUUCUAUUCCGAUUAACCAACUCAAAUCGACACUCCAAGAUCUUCUAACCAUCGGUCUGCCUCUACUAACACUCCCACCCAAGAAACAUUGUGAUCCACAAGGCUGUCUGGAAUGGCUAGACAAGCAGAAACAGGACUCCGUCGUAUACAUUAGCUUCGGAAGCAUGAUAAUGCCUCCGCCUCACGAGUUAACAGCGUUAGCUGAAGCAUUAGAGUACGGCGGAUUUCAUUUUAUCUGGUCAUUCAAAGGAAACCCUAGCGAGAAAUUGCCGAAAGAGUUUCUCGACAGGACGAAAGAGAAGGGAAUUGUAGUUUCCUGGGCACCACAGCUGCAGGUUUUGCAGCAUCAUUCGAUUAGCGCAUUCAUAUCACAUGGCGGAUGGAAUUCUGUGGUGGAGAGUAUUAUUGGGAGUGUGCCUUUGAUUUGUAGGCCGUUCUUCGGGGAUCAUCACUUGAAUAGUUGGACAGUGGAAGCUGUGUGGGGCAUUGGAUUAGAGAUUGAAGGCGGAAAAAUCACAAAAGACGGUACAAUGAAAGCGUUACAAGUUGUUCAGGGAAGUGAAAAAGGACAGAAAAUGAAACAUAAAGUUGUUCAUCUUAAUAAACUUGUUGUUGAUGCUGUUAGUUCACAAGGUAGCUCAACUCUUAAUUUUGAAAAAUUGAUAAAGAUUGUUACUUAGUAGUUUUCAAGCUAAGAUGUGUACUGCAUUUGAUUAGUUUUGAAUUUUGAAAAUUGAAAUUAAUUGAACUGACCGAUUUUUCAUUUUAA